UCCGUGACAUUGCGAAGGCAGCCAAGAGCGACCUUUCAGAUCUAUCUGUUUAGCUUCAGAAGCUCCUCGAACUCUUUUUUUGUUUUGUUUUUUACAGCUCCACCUGGGCCUUUACAGUGGCGUUGACUCGGCGGCGAUGACGUCAGUGGCAGUUGCCGUCAACGGCGGAGGAGGAGGCAAGGAAAGCCGACGCGCCGUUCUCUGGGCGGUGGAGAAUCUCAUGCCCGAAGCUGAUCGCUUUAUCUUAGUCCACGUCAUGCCUAAAAUCACUUCAAUCCCAACUCCAACGGGAGAGCGUAUCCCCGUUGAAGAACUGGAUGAGGAUGUGGUAGCAAUGUACGUGGAGGAUGUGAAAGCAAACUUUGAAGAAAUCUUUGUGCCAUUUAAGAAAUUAUGCAAGACAAGUAAGAUGGAAACUUUGCUGCUGGAAGAUGAUGAUCCCGCUUCUGCACUUCUUAGAUACAUAUCUGAAUCAGGGAUUAAGAGUUUGGUGUUGGGCUCCAGCUCCUCAAAUUUCUUUAGGAGGAGGUUAAAGGGACCAGCGGUACCAUCAACUGUUCUGAGAUGUGCUACGGGCAGUUGUGAUAUUUAUAUUGUAUCGAGAGACAAAACCGUCAAAAAUCCAGCUGAUUCCUCAUCAGCUAGUGAGACCAGUUCUAAGCGUGAAAUGUAUACUCAAAGAGUUUAUAGAGAAGGUUCCAGUGACAUUAGUGAACAAAUGUCGAGGCUUCAUUCUCCUUCUGUAACACCUGAAGUUCACUACAACUGCGGAGAAUCAUCAAUAUCACAGUUUAGUUACCUAAAUUCUCUGGCAUCAACACAUAUUGACUCCUUAACAAAUGCCAUUGUAGCUGAGGAAAGGAAUCAUCGCAACUUUAGAGAUGAUUUUGAAACUAGUACUAUUAAGUGCUGCAAUUCCUUAUCUACAAAAAUGGAGCAGUUGGAUGUGCAGACUGAAGAAGAACAGCUGCGACAAGAAAUUCAAAAUACCGUUGCCAUGUACAAACGAGCGUGUGAAGAGCUGGUUCAUGCUCAAAACAAAGUCGAGUUACUUUCUUCUGAAUGCCUUGAAGAGGCUAGAAGAGUGAAUGCCACCCUAGAAAGAGAAGAAACUUUGACGAAAAUUGCUGCUGAAGAGAAAGCUAAGUAUUUGGAAGCUAUAAGGGAGGUUGAAGAGGAGAAACGCUUGCUGGCUAAAGAGUCUUAUGAAAGGCAGAUAGCUGAAUGGAAUGCCCUCAAAGAGUCCAUAGAGAAACAGAGAAUUGUUGAUUCACUAUUCUCCAAUGACAUGAGGUACAGAAGGUAUACUAGAAAUGAAAUAGAGGUAGCAACAGAAUUCUUCUCAGAAGGUAAUGUGAUUGGGGAAGGUGGAUAUGGGAAAGUUUACAAGUGCAGUCUUAAUCACACCCCAGUAGCUGUUAAGGUUCUAAGCCAUGACGCAACUGGCAAGAAAGAGGAGUUUCUGAAAGAGGUUGAAGUCCUAAGCCAGAUACGCCAUCCCAACGUGGUUUUGCUGCUUGGAGCCUGUCCUGAGAGUGGUUCCCUGGUCUAUGAAUAUUUGGAAAAUGGAAGUUUGGAGGAUUAUAUUUUCCACAGAAAUGGAAAACCACCACUUCCUUGGUUUGUUCGGUUCCGGACGGUUUUUGAAAUAGGUUGCGGACUUGCAUUUUUACAUAACUCAAAGCCAGAGCCAAUUGUUCAUCGAGAUCUAAAACCAGGUAAUAUCUUGUUAGACAGAAAUUAUGUGAGCAAAAUUGGGGAUGUUGGGCUUGCGAAACUACUCAACGAUGUUGUGCCUGACGACAUCACAGAAUUCAGAGACUCAAUCAUUGCUGGUACAUUCUGCUACAUGGACCCAGAGUAUCUGAGAACAGGCACCAUCCGACCCAAAUCAGAUUUAUAUGCUUUUGCAGUCAUGACCCUCCAGUUGUUAACAGCUCGCCCACCAAAUCGGCUUCUAUCAAUUGUUGAAAAAGCCAUUGCAAACGGCUCCUUUCCUGACAUUCUAGAUAAGUCGAUAAGAGAUUGGCCGUUGGCUGAAACCGAGGAAUUAGCUCACAUUGCUCUCAAGUGUUCGGAACCCAGAUGCAGGGAUAGACCUGAUCUUGAUACCGAAGUUCUGCCAGUCCUCAAAAGACUUACUGAAGUUGCAAAUGCAAGUUUGAAAGUAGAAGGCGAUGAUAUUUAUGCACCAAACCAUUACUUCUGUCCAAUCCUACAGGAAAUCAUGUAUGACCCACACAUUGCUGCUGAUGGUUUUACGUACGAGUAUGAAGCAAUCGAGGCAUGGCUCAAGAAACAUAAUGUAUCACCAGUGACAAAGCUUAGUCUCCACCAUCUUACGUUAACUCCAAACCACACAUUACGUUCUGUCAUUCAGGAGUGGAGGUCACGUGUGACAUUUUCACGUGCCUAGAUUACAAGAGUUGAUUGAAUUCUUCUGGUUACCAUUUACCUUCUCUUAAUGUUUUGUGAAACAAAUUACAAGAUAAUGAUGGUAAUGUAAGUCUGUCCCACCUCGGAAAUAUGUUUAUAUGUUCUGCCAAACAAGCUGGUUCAACUCAUAUAAUCGCUCCCAUUACUCCGUAUAUAGCAAUUUCAACACCAAUGACUUAGAAAA